ACUUUAUAGAAGUUAAAAACGCGUAAAAAAAUUUGUUGUGAAAUAAAUUACAAUUUUAAACCACAAUGAACAUAAUUUAGGAAGUUAAAAUAUUUUCAACAUUUGUGGAGAGUAAAAUCCAUUAAGAUCGAGAUAUUUUUAUAACUGUCAACAACAUGGAUAUACUUCUCGAUACAACUUGCACUCCAGCAAGAUUAUCGCACAUAUCUGAAAAACAUCCGAAAGUUACACUAGCAGAACUAAAUGUUCUUCGUAGACAUCGAGAACUCUGUGAUGUUGUUUUGAAUGUUGGAAGUAGAAAAAUUUUCGCUCAUCGAGUCAUUUUAUCAGCAUGUUCAGUCUAUUUUAAAGCAAUGUUCACAGGAGAACUGGAAGAAAGUAGACAAACAGAAGUGACAAUCAGAGACAUUGAUGAAAAUGCAAUGGAAUUGCUAAUUGACUUUUGUUAUACAUCUCAUAUUGUUGUAGAAGAGUCAAAUGUUCAAUCAUUACUUCCAGCUGCGUGUUUAUUGCAGUUAUCGGAAAUUCAGGAUAUUUGCUGCGAGUUUCUAAAGCGUCAGCUUGAUCCAACAAAUUGUCUUGGAAUUCGAGCAUUUGCAGAUACUCAUUCAUGUCGUGAACUAUUGAGAAUCGCAGACAAAUUCACACAGCACAACUUCCAAGAAGUCAUGGAAUCUGAAGAAUUUUUAUUGCUUCCCGUUGGUCAAUUAGUAGAUAUAAUCUGUAGUGAUGAACUUAAUGUGAGAAAUGAGGAGCAAGUUUACAAUGCUGUUAUGUUAUGGCUAAAAUAUAAUGUUGCUGAACGUCGUCAGCACUUGUCACAAAUCUUACAACACGUACGAAUGCCUUUGUUGAGUCCAAAAUUUUUGGUUGGUACUGUCGGAAGUGAUCUCCUUGUCCGAAGCGAUGAAGCUUGUCGUGAUUUGGUCGAUGAAGCUAAAAACUAUUUGCUAUUACCACAAGAACGUCCCUUGAUGCAGGGUCCACGAACACGGCCUCGAAGGCCAACGAAACGUGGAGAGGUUCUAUAUAGUGUUGGAGGAUGGUGCUCUGGUGAUGCAAUUGCAUCUGUUGAACGAUUUGAUCCAAAUACAUUAGAAUGGAAAAUGGUUGCGCCAAUGAGUAAAAGAAGAUGCGGAGUUGGCGUAGCUGUUUGUAAUGAUCUCCUUUAUGCCUGUGGAGGACAUGAUGGUCAAUCGUAUCUGAAUUCAAUUGAAAGAUAUGACCCACAAACGAAUCAAUGGAGUUGUGAUGUAAGUCCUACAACAAGUUGCAGAACGUCUGUAGGCGUUGCAGUUUUAGAUGGUUAUCUAUAUGCUAUUGGUGGGCAGGAUGGUGUACAGUGCUUGAAUCAUGUUGAAAGAUAUUGUCCGAAAGAAAAUAAAUGGACAAAAGUGGCUCCAAUGGUUAGUCGAAGAUUAGGAGUUGCGGUUGCAGUUUUAGGAGGAUUCUUGUAUGCUAUUGGAGGAAGUGAUGGACAAACUCCUUUAAAUACUGUUGAGCGAUAUGAUCCUAGACAGAACAAAUGGACGAUGGUAGCUCCAAUGUCAACAAGAAGAAAACAUCUUGGCUGUGCAGUUUUUAACAAUUUUAUAUAUGCAGUUGGAGGUAGAGAUGACUGCAUGGAAUUGAGUUCCGCGGAACGAUACAACCCUCAUAAUAACUCUUGGUCUCCAAUUGUUGCAAUGACUUCCAGAAGAUCUGGGGUUGGUCUUGCUGUGGUUAAUGGUGCUCUCUAUGCAGUUGGUGGUUUUGACGGAACAGCAUAUUUAAAGACUAUUGAAGUUUACGAUCCAGAUGCAAAUCAAUGGCGUUUGUGUGGUUGCAUGAACUACAGACGACUUGGAGGUGGAGUUGGUGUGAUGAAGGCAAAUAGAAGUGAAACUGAAAAUAGUUAUAUGUGGAUAAGAAAAGAUUCUAUAGUUUAAGCCGCAAGUUUUGAGAGGUUUGAUUUGAGAGAUUUUUACAUAGACAAAGAAGAAUGGAUGUUCAACUCAUGUGACCUUCCUUUUAAUCAACUAAAGGGUGUAAACGAAUUAAGCCAAUCUGAUCUUUUUGUAUUAUUUUCAUACAACAUAAAACUAAUUCACAUUAGGUGUAAAAAGGAAUUUAAUAUUUAUAGGCAUUUUAUUAUCAAGGUAAAAAUGCUUUGACUGCGUAGUUAUUAAAGACAUGAGCAUCUUCCAAUCUAAACUCAUCAAACAAUAAUGAACAAACUUCACUAAUAGAUGUUCAUGUCUUUAAUUUUAUGGAGUUCAGCAUUUGAGUGGCAAAAAUUUUAUGUGAAUUCUUUUUUGGCUAUAUGAAAUAUUCUAAAGUGUAUUGGAGAAAUAGACAUAGGAGUGAGAUUCCUAAUAAUUCACUUAAUCAAAACUGCCCAUCGACUUUUUCCAAAAUAUUAAAGAUUUUGUAAGCUGAAGCUUACUUCAGAUCUGCUAAACAUAUUUGUGAUAAUUUAAACCACUUUGAAAAAUUGUCUAAAUUGCAAAAAUUUAAAUUUUUUUCAGAAUAUUCCUAAAAUCUUAAAAAAAAACAAUGCCAAAUAAUUACGACUAAACAAUCCCGCCUUUCAAAAAAAUAAAAUGUUGUCACUCAAAAAACAAAUCCUUGAACAGUUCAUAUUUUACAAUGCACAUACAAAUUUUUUCUUGAAUAAUUGUGAAUGCUUUUUUUUCUGUUUUAUUAUUAUAAUGAUAACUAUUAUUACUAUUUACAUUAUUUCAACUUUUUUAGAAUACAAUAAAAUGUAUAGUGGAAAAAUCAUAUUGUUUUUAAUGAAAACUGUAGCAAUACUGAACAUUAGAAAAAAUUAAAAGCAGUUUGACUGUAAUUAUCUACUGAAUUAUCAAUAAAUUGAUUUUUUUGAUUUUAAUUUGAAUGAUAUUGAAAA